CUGUCAACAGUAAAUGUUUGCUGACUCAUCAGUCAGUAAGAAAAAUAGAAGUUGAGUCCUAGAUCCUGAGAUGGAGCCUCCCUCUCCUUACGCUGAGCAGCGCUAUAAAGAUGGACUGGAGUGUGCAAGGAGAGCCACUCAGUUUGAUCAAGCUGGACAAUACAGUGCAGCCUUCUCCUUCUACAGUGAGGCAGUAGAGGCUUUGAACCAGGCUUGUGCCAUUGCUCCAAUGUUCAAUCCUGUAAAGCCUAGAGUGCUUGAGUACGCUAAGAGAGCUCAGCAAUUGUCUGUGUACCUUAAUACUCCAACACGUACACAAGUUGCACCAUCAGCGCAUGUAGCAAACCCACACAUCGAAAGGAAUAAGAGAGAUAUGCAUCAGGUGGAAUACCUGCUGGAAGUGGCCAUGAGGGACGAGAAAAAGGGCUUUGUCAAGAAAGCAAUUGACAUGUACACUUGUGCAGUAGAGCUCGCCUUGAAAGUGCAAAAGACACUAACGAAUGAUGAAGACAGACAGAAUAUCAAGACACUUACAAUGAAUGCCCUUGAGCAAAUAGAGCACUUGAAAACACUUCCACCACCUUCGAAAACCGUUGACAUUGAUGACCUGGUUAGUCAGUUGGAGAAUCUGGCUCCUCCCACAAAAACUCUAGGGCAUAGCACCCCUGGAUCGAGCAGAAGCUUACCACGAGGUCCUCUGACUAGUUUUCUGGAUGCUGACACUGACCUUACCACACCCCCAAAGUUCGACGCAUUCAGUAGUCGCACCUCACCAACCCCGCCCAGUCGACACCCACCUUCUCACGCCACCCUCAGGCACGGGGGAAAACCUGGUAAGGGGUCCAAGUUCACUGAGAAGGAGAUCAAAGUGCUCAGAGCGACCUCCAGUAUCAAUGGUGUGACCUACUUUCCCUUGAGUGACAUGGACCUAACUGACCUAAGGCGUAUAACUCCAUUGCCUCAAGAUUUUGAGGACCCCUGUGGCCUAAUACGACUGUCAGAUAAGCAGAGAUCCAGACUCAAGGCCUGGGUGAGGCCCUACGAGAUAUGUGACAACCCCAUGAUGGUGCACCUCAUCUCAAGCUUCGCUAUCAAACAGACUCUAAUAGCAGACUGCUCCUUUGUUGCCUCCCUCACUGUCAGUGCUGACUAUGAAAGGAAGUUCAAGACACGGCUCGUCACAAGGCUCAUCCAUCCUCAAAACAGAAAUGGUGAACCCAUCAUGAACCCCAACGGAAAGUACCUGGUAUCAUUCAACCUUAACGGCUGCAGAAGAAAGGUAGAGAUAGACGAUCGUCUACCCAUCAGUAACAGUGGUGAGCUGCUAUGCUCCUACUCCAACAACAGUGACGAGUUCUGGGUCAGCCUCAUUGAAAAGGCCUAUAUGAAGGUGAUGGGAGGCUAUGACUUUCCUGGAUCCAGCUCAAACAUUGAUCUGCAUGCUCUGACUGGGUGGAUCCCAGAGAGGGCUGGGCUCAAGGAGACUAACAAUGAAUUGUUUGACAAAAUGGAGCAGUCACUCAGGAAAGGCAAUGCAUUGCUGACAGUGGCCACAGGGGAACUAUCUGAAGCUCAAGCUGAGAGGGCGGGGCUUGUCGCCACUCAUGCUUACGCAAUCCUCAAUGUCGUGCAAUACAAAGGGCUAAAGCUGCUUCAGUUGAAGAACCCCUGGAGUCACAAAAGAUGGAAGGGUAACUACUCUGAGCAUGACCAGACGCACUGGACUCCUGAGCUGAGGAGAGCACUCAAGUUUGACCAGACACAAGCCUUGGAGGUCGAUAAUGGUGUGUUUUGGAUCGACUGGGCCUCACUCUGCAAGUUCUUUGAUGUGGCCUACCUCAAUUGGAAGCCAGAGCUGUUUGCUCAUAAGUCCACCAUACAUGAUGUUUGGAAGCCGAAUGCAGCAGAGAAGGACUGGUAUGACAUCAGCAACAAUCCACAGUACACCCUGAGGGUGAACAAUGGUGGUGAGGGUGUGGCCACAGUCUGGGUACUGCUCUCCAGACACAUCACUGCCAAGAAUGACUUUGCCCACAAUGAGAAGUUCAUCACACUGCACAUUGCAAAGAGUGACGGGAAGAGGAUAUUCUAUCCUGAAAAAUUCCAUGUGACGGGAAUAAAGAUCAACACGCCACACUAUCUGGCCAAACUGGAGAAUGUUCCACGAGGCGCCUCUUCCUACACUGUCAUUGUGUCGCAGCUGGAGAGCCUCAGCACUAUCUACUACACUCUCAGAGUGUACUCAACAUGUGACUUCACUGUCUCACCAGUCUCGAUACCCUAUGAAUUUCAUCAACAGAUAAGCGGACAGUGGUUUAGUGGUCAGAGUGCUUCACCACAGUUUAGAAUUACCACCACCUCUUACACUUCAAGAGUAAUGAUCAAACUACGUGCUCCAAAGGAGCUGUACGGCCGUUUGGAGCUGUCUUGUGAAGCGCAAGAUGCGAAGUUCAGUCCAAUAGACACAGGAUCAUUCAGGUUUGGGCUCAGUGUUCUCGAGGCUCAAGGACUACCAAAAGCAUUAUACAGUCUCUUGUGUAUUAGCUACAGUGGAAACAAACUCCCACCUUCUAAACCCGUACCCUUCAUCGUCGAUGUAUUUUGUGAUAAUGUUUUCAGCUUAAAUGCUGCUUAAUAAUUAUUCUUUAUUACAGUGUUAUUAACAAUGA